AUGAACGGCAUCCGGCACUGUGGAGAGAGGCCUCGGUGCAAGACACUGGGUGAGACUUCCAUCGCGUCUGCAAGAAUGCGGUCUAGAAGUCUGACUGCUUUUCUUGUUCACUGGAUCAUGAAUGCAAUCGGAGCGAAAGUGAAAUCAAAGGAUCGAAAACCAACGAAAGGGACCAAGACUUUAAAUCCACUCUCUGAACCAUCUUUGACUUCAAACUGGAUGAUCCAGAGCAACACAACCAAGUCCUACUAUACACUCAUCGUUACAUAUGAUUUAGAAAAAAAGUGUCUAUUGCUCGUCUUGUUUAGAGACGGAAUACUUCUUGUGUUGUGCCUUGAAACGAUUACUAAAUAUAACGUUAGAAUAUCAAGACAUUACAAUAUUGUGAAUGAUAUCAAUGGUGGUGACGUGUGGGUUUUGGUGAUCAAGUCAGUUCAGCUGGAUGACGCAGGAGUGUACAUGUGCGAGGUUAACUCCAACCCCAUUCUGACCUCGCAUUACGUCAUAUCCGUUAAGCCGAGCAACUCCUCGGAGCCGCAGGAAAUCGCACUCCGGUCCAACCACAACUACACCCAGUGCUGCCAAGACAACGGGGUGAUGUCCAAGUGCCUUGGCUUCUGUGCCAUCCACAACAUCCUGGAAGGCACCAGCGGCAUAGAGCCCGAAGCGUGCGAGAGUUACUUCCCAGCUAUCGUUCGCUGCAUGGCAGAUAUGCGUAACCACGUGCCGUGCUGCGAGAAGGAGCGCGUGCCCGACCUGUGCCAGGACCUCUGCCGGGGAGACUACACUAUCCAGGAAGACAAUAUCAAGAAGCACUUUUCUUGCACUGCUUACACGGAGGUCACGCUCAUGUGCAUUUCAGAAGGUGUAGAAAUCCUACCAAAGGCCCCGGAAUCGCCCAGCGUGACCGUGCUCGGACCCACCACGAUGAAGGUGCAGUGGAGCCCCCCUCCCUCCGGCACCCCGGCGCCAGAGCACUACAUCAUCAACAUCACCACCAUCACGAAGUUCGACCCCCCCGCUGACGUCACCACCGCCCUGGCCUCGACCACCGGCGGCCUCGACAAACACGAUGACCUCAAUUAUCUCCCUAAACAGAGGCAUCUGAAGGUCUCCGCCAACCGCACCGAGGUCAUGGUGAGGAACCUGUCCCCGCUGAUGUACGAGGUGUCCGUCAUCUCCCAGAACCGCCACGGGUCCUCGCUCGUGCCCUACAGCCUGCGCGCCCUCACCAAAGCUCAGGAAGCGAACAAGACAGAGAUCGUUAACCCCGAAUUGCCCGAUAUCAUUGGAUGUUGCAAUGAGAAAGGAGUCAAGCAUUACAGAUGUACACAGAACCUGUGUGACCCGAACACCCGUUACAUCACCGAACCCGACAUGAUUGUGUGCGCGCCGUGGGCUGCCGAGACCUUCUCCUGCCUCGCCAACGACGUCGACCACUCCGACUGCUGCUUGGAGAGGGGGCUGCCUCCCCUCUGCGUCGAACUCUGCUCAGGAAAUGUCACGAAGAUCGACUACAAGUAUUUCAAGUGCGUCGACUACUUCACGGACUACCGCAGCUGCCUCAUGCGGGGCUACGACGUGCUCCCCGGCCCGCCCACGGCCAUCAGCGUCACCAAACGUCAAGCCGACCUUCGCUCUGCUCCACUGGGGCCGUCGGAGCUCCACGCCGCCUCCAUCAGCGCCUACCACGCGUUCUUCCGGCCCAUCCAGGCGGGCCGCGGCUGCAAGAGCGACUGGUUCAUGGAUAACAUAGAGCUGGCCUACCGAGGCGUCUACACGGACAGUCCCCCGUACGUGCUGGAACACCUUUGUCAGAGACCCAGUACGAGGUGUACGUGCAGGCAGUCAACACGUACGGCACGAGCGACUCGUCCGCGCGAGUGCUGUUCCGGACGCCGUCGCUGCAGCA